AAAAAAUGGAAAACGGGAUGCAUAAUGGUGGAACACGACGGAAAGGAAAAGGGGAAAAAUGAAAAUUCCAAAAAGAAAAUUGUUCCUUUUCAUAAUCUUUGCGUACGUGGCGUUUUCACUCUACGCCGCGUACAAUGUCUUCUUUAGCACCAAAGUCAUCUCCCGCGUUCACAGGGUAGUGAAAAAAGAGGCAGGACCCUCGGGACGGGCUCGGGAUGGCGGAGCUGCUCCAUUUUUAGCGGAUGAGUGGAAUCCGUGGGAGGAUGAACAGGUGGAGUACAACUCCGACCUGAAUAAAAAGAGAGAGGCCUUCAAACAGCAUAUGGUACGAAUCGAAAAGAACAAACCCAGAAGAUUUAAAGUCCAAAUCUGGGGUAAAGCGGCCAUAGGGCUUUACCUUUGGGAACACAUUUUAGAGGGUCCCCUCAACCCUACUGACAAGGUAGCACAAUGGAGAGAAGGUGAACUCCAAUCAGGAAAAAUUGAUUUCAGUUUCUAUACAGGUCCGGCUGUCGUUCAGGGUCAUGUCCCUUUGGACAUGAACAGUCUGGUUGUUGUCUUGAAUGGUCGUGAACAGCAGAAAGUAGCAUACUCUACACGCUGGCUGGAGCACGUCCAAACUCUAGUUCAUUCCCACACAGUGUCCCACGUGGCUGUGGUCCUGCUAGGAAACGAGCAUUGCAACAAUGAGUGGAUUGGCCCAUACUUAAAGAGAAAUGGUGGCUUUGUGGAUCUUCUCUUUAUCGUGUAUGAUAGCCCUUGGGUCAACGACAGAGAUGUCUUCCAGUGGCCCCUUGGUGUUUCCACGUACAGGCAGUUUUCCAUGGUUAGACCCAGCACUGAGAUGAUCACCUCCAACAGACCAUACCUCUGCAAUUUCCUUGGAACUGUUUACAAGAAUUCCUCCAGAGAAACACUCAUGCAGAUUCUAAAACAAUCUGACCUUGAGAAAGAUUGCAUUACAUUUGCCAGGGAGAAGUGGCUCCCCCAGGAGACAGCAGAGAGUCAGAAGCGCUAUCAGACCGCGCUAGUCCAGAGCGAGCUCACCCUCUGCCCCGUCGGCAUCAACACAGAAUGCUACCGCAUCUACGAGGCCUGUUCUUACGGCUCGGUUCCUGUCGUAGAGGACGCACUGACGCCUGGGACAUGCGCGGCUGGGCCCAGCUCCCCGCUGCGUCUCCUGAAAGCGGCGGGAGCCCCCUUCAUCUUCAUCAGCGAUUGGAGGGAGCUUCCCGUGAUUCUAGAGAGGGAGAGAGGAAUGAGCCAGGAGCAGAGAGUGGACAGGAGGAGGAGGUUGCUGGAGUGGUACGCCAGUUUCCGUCAGCAAAUGAAGGAGAGGUUCACUGAGGUUAUCGAGGAGAACUUCUUCAAAAGCGGCUGAUUUUGUCGCUGAAGGUUGUAUACUCACACUCGGCCAAUGGUGGCUUUUUCCGUGAUUCCCUCUCUUUCUAACUGAGCAUUUGUGCUGCAGCCCCUUCACUUUUUUUCAACUGUAUUUUUCCUGUAUUAGUCGACUGUUAUUUUGAGUCGUUCUGAAUAUUUCAUUUUUGCAAUGUAGCGACAGUCAUCAAUUACUUUCGAGAGGAGUGAUUGUAAUAAUUAAAUGACAACCAGUCUGCAUUUAUUUUCUAUCAUACACUAUAUUGACAAAAUUAUUUGGCCACCUGCCUUGACUCACAUAUGAAUUUGAAGUGCCAUCCCAUUCCUAACCCAUAGGGUUCAAUAUGAUGUCGGUCUACAUUUUGCAGCUAUUAUAGCUUCAACUCUUCUGGAAAAGCUGUCCACAAGGUUGCAGAGUGUGUUUAUAGGAAUUUUCGACCAUUCUUCCAAAAGCGUAUUGGUGAGGUCACACACUGAUGUUGGUCGAGAAGGCUUGGCUCUCAGUCUCCCAAAGAUAUUCCAUUGGGUUCAGGUCAGGACUCUGUGCAGGCCAGUCAAGUUCAUCCACAUCAGACUCUGUCAUCGUUGCUUUGUGCACCGGUGCACAGUCAUGUUGGAAGAGGAAGGCGCCUGCUCCAAACUUUUCCCACGAGGUUGGGAACAUGGAAUUGUCCAAAAUGUUUUGGUAUCCUUGAGCAUUCAAAAUUCCUUUCACUGGAACUAAGGAGCCAAGGCCCGAUUCCUGAAAAACAACCCCACACCAUAAUUCCUCCUCUACCAAAUUUCACACUCUGCACAAUGCAGUCCGAAAUGUUUUGAAGUUUCCUAACCCAUAGGGUUCAAUAUGAUGUCGGUCUACAUUUUGCAGCUAUUAUAGCUUCAACUCUUCUGGAAAAGCUGUCUACAAAGUUGCAGAGUGUGUUUAUAGGAAUUUUCGACCAUUCUUCCAAAAGUGUAUUGGUGAGGUCACACACUGAUUUUGGUCGAGAAGGCUUGGCUCUCAGUCUCCGUUCUAAUUCAUCCUAAAGAUAUUCUAUUGGGUUCGGGUCAGGACUCUGUGCAGGCCAGUCAAGUUCAUCCACAUCAGACUCUGUCAUCGUUGCUUUGUGCACUGGUGCACAGUCAUGUUGGAAGAGGAAGGCGCCUGCUCCAAACUGUUUCCACGAGGUUGGGAGCAUGGAAUUGUCCAAAAUGUUUUGGUAUCCUUGAGCAUUCAAAAUUCCUUUCACUGGAACUAAGGAGCCAAGGCCCGAUUCCUGAAAAACAACCCCACACCAUAAUUCCUCCUCUACCAAAUUUCACACUCUGCACAAUGCAGUCCAAAAUGUACCGUUCUCCUGGCAACGUUCAAACCCAGACUCGUCCAUCAGAUUGACAGAUAGAAAAGCGUGAUUCACCACUCCAGAGAACGCGUCUCCACUGCUCUAGAGUCCAGUGGCGACGUGCUUUACACCACUGCAUCCAACGUUUUGCAUUGGACUUGGUGAUGUAUGGCUUUGAUGCAGCUGUUCGGCCAUGGAAACCUGGGUAGUGUACUGUACGUGGGCUAAUUGGAAGGUCACAUGAAGUUUGGAGCUCUGUAGCAACUGACUAUAUAUGACUUUUUGGACUAUGCGCUUCAGCAUCCACUGACCCCUCUGUCAGUUUACGUGGCCUACCACUUCGUGUCUGAGUUGCUGUUGUUCCCAAACUCUCCCAUUUUCUUAUUAUAAAGCCGACAGUUGACUUUUGAAUAUUUAGGAACACGGAGAUUUAACGACUGGAUCUGUUUCACGGGUGGCAUCCUGUAAGACAGUUCCAGGCUGGAACUCACUGAGCUCCUGAGAGCCGCCUAUUCCUUCACAAAUUUUAGUAGAAGCAGUCUCCAUGCCUAAGUGCUUGAUUUUAUACACCUGUGGCCAGGCAAAGGGAUUAGGACACCGGAUUCUGAUCAUUUGGAUGGGUGGCCAAAUACUUAAGGCAAUAUAGUGUGUAUAACUAAGGUGUUGCUGCAGUUACUUCACAUGCAGUCAGUAAUCAUUUGUUCAACUUAAGUUAUAUUAAUCGUGUUCUUCAAGGUUCUAUUUUAGGUCCUCUCUUUUUAAUCAGUUGGACCAUGCAACUGGUGCCCCACGAGUUCAGUUCAAAAUCCACUUUUUCUUUUCUUAAAAACAUGAAUGCCGUCAUAUAGAUGAUCUUUGACAAGCCUUUUUUUUUGGAAAAAGGUCCUUAAAACAGCAGAGCGUUCCUCUAACUGACAACCUAAAUAGAACAGCAGAGCGUUCCUCUAACUGACAACCUAAAUAGACCAAACUCAAAUGUCUACUGUAGUGGAAGCUGGUUCUCUGGCAUAUACAAAAUAAGACUAUUAGUGAAGUCUGGACCCCCCUGUCCUUAGCUUUCUGUAGCUGUCCUUGGUCGAGGGAAUCAUGGCCCACCUUUUUCGAUGGUGUGCUUGGGCGCAGAUCAGUGUGUUCCCACGAGCCCAGCAUGCCGUGCUUUGAACUAUGAUUUAAUUUAUACGGUGAGAAGUGGAGAAACGUGAUUGCAAUUGUGUGUAGUUUACUCUGUGCAGGUUAAGUAAUAUGUGGAGUAAGUUGUGCGAGACUUAAAAUAUUUCUUUGUGUUUACAUUUUAGAUGUUGACAGUGAUGGAAUGUUCAGUCAUGUGGUUUAAAUAGAGAACAAGAUGCCUUUACACACUGUUUGAAUUAUGUUUUGUAUAUGUUUGUACGCACUUAAUUGGUUAAAAAAACAUAAGCUAGAGGACUGCAUUAGAAACAGAUUGUCAUUGGCUUGAAUUUUAUUUUGUAUGAUUUGUUUAAAAGGGAUAUUUCGGUGUUGCAUGUGUAAAGUAUGUAUUUUCGGUGCUGUGUUUGCAUGUUUUUUUCCCUUCUGCAUUAGGUUAGUUUCUAGUAGAAUAGUGUUCAUCCUGCAGAUGGCGCCAUGGUCGAGUUUUUAAAUUCUAAACGUCACUUGCCAUGAACCCAUUUUAUAUAAAUAAUUGCACUUGAUACAGUUGGGAAGUUUUUUUUCAACAACUUUUUUUUAAAAUUGAUGUUUAUAGUAAAAGUGCUUGUUUUAAUGAAUAUGAACACAUCAAUUAAGUAAUAGGUGGGGUGGCGGAUACUGAACAUUUUGGAGUCGAUCCGAUACCUAGCAAUUUUUAAUCGCCGAUGUAUAUUCCAAUACUUUUAACUUGAAAAUGUUUCAAGCUCUUUGAAUAAUUUUGUGGUUCUACCUUUAAUUUGUUGAUCAUGAUUAUAAUGAAAAAAAAAAAAACAAGACAAGGAUUUUCGACAAACAAAACCAAUUUGUAUCAACUUAUUUGUGGAUAUUUUAACAAAAUAUAUUAGACAGUGUUUUGUCUACAAAAUAUUGUAAUACAAUUAUAUUAUUCCGUAGUAAUUUAUGUUUGUAUUUUUGUAAUUAUUUGAUCGUUUUUACUGUACUAUGUUUUUGUUUUAUUUAUUGCUCUUUUAAAUGCAUUGCUCUUAUUUAAUUUUGCUAGUUUUAUUGUUUGAAUGUGAAAUGUUGGAGUAUAAGCUAAACUAUUAUUGAUUGUUUUUUAUGGUGGUAUGCAGUACUUUGAAAACUUUGUAUGUCAGAUUUGCUAAAAAAAAAAAGGAUUGCAAUGAUAUACAAUUGUUUAAGCAUCAUUGAGUCAAUAUAGUGCAAAAUAACUAAACAAAUGCAAACAUUACAUUUGGCUUUUGGCACACAAAAAACCCUGAUAUUUGUGGAAAUAGAAAACCCAAAACCAGUUGUGUAAAUCGGACAUAAAAACAGAAUACAAUGACUUGCAAAUCCUUUUCAACUUAUAUUUAAUUGAAUACGCUGCAAAGACAAGAUACUUAACGUUCGAAUUGAGAAAGUAAAACAUUCUUUGCAAAUAAUCAUUAACUUAGAAUUUAAAGGCAGCAACACAUUGUAAAAAAAGUUGGCACAAACUGUAGUUACUGAUACUGGUUUUCUGAAGUGUUCCUGAGCCCAUGUGGUGAUAUCCUUUACAGACUGAUGUCGCUUUUUGAUGCAGUACCACCUGAGGGCUCAAAGGUCUCAGGCAUUGAUCCAGAUUCUCUGAACCUUUUGAUGAUAUUACGGAUUGUAGACGGGGAGAUCCUUAAAUACAUUGCAAUAACUGGUUGAGAAAUCUUGUUCUUAAACUGUUCGACAAUUUGCUCAUGCAUUUGUUCACAAAGUGGUGACUCUCGCCCCAUCUGGUUGUGAAUGGCUGAGCAUUUCAUGGAAGCUUCUUUUACACUCAUUCAUGCCACCCACCUGUUACCAAGUAGCCUGUUCACCUGUGGUGUGUUCCAAAUAAGUGUUUGAUGAGCAUUCCUCAACUUUUUCAGUAUUUUUUGCAUUUGGGCCAGCUUUUUUGAAACAUGUUGGAGGCCUCACAUUCCUAAUGAGCUAAUAAUUGCAAAAAAAUGACAAAAUGUACCAAUUCGAUAGUAAAGUAUCUUAUCUUUGCAGUGUAUUCAAUUGAAUAUAAGUUGAAAAGGAUCUGCAAAUCAUUGUAUUCUGUUGUUAUUCACGAUUUACACAAUGCGCCAACUUCACCGGCUUUGGGGUUUGUACAAACAUGUCAGUCUAAUCAAGUUAUACUUGUGGGUGGCAUUGAUCACUGGAGCAAUCUCGUCACACCUAUACCAUGCAUACGUGUUGACGUGACUAGCGAUCUAAAGUGAUUUAAAGCUGUGUUUACAUUAAAUUAUGCAUACUUAUGUGGGUAUAUUUUUCAGAUUUUAUCCAUUUAUGGCUUCCUCCCACUUCCAAAGACAUACACCUGGGGAUAGGUUGAUUGGCAACACUAAAAUUGGCCCUAGUGUGUGAAUGUGAGUGUGAAUGUUGUCUGUCUAUCUGUGUUGGCCCUGAGAUGAGAUGGUGACUUGUCCAGGGUGUACCCCGCCUUCCGCCCGAUUGUAGCUGAGAUAGGCGCCAGCGGACCCCAAAGGGAAUAAGCGGUAGAAAAUGGAUGGAUGGAUGGAUGGA